ACUGAGAAUUCAAAUAUUCCAACCGUCGCGCGACCUUUUGCCAAACGUCAUUUGAAAGUACACAUUUCGUGCGAAUGGUUUGUUUUUUCGACAAUAACAUUGUAAAUCAAAUGUUGUGCGAGGUUUUGCCAUAACCGUGUUUCAGUUUUAUGAACAUCAAGAAUCCACAAACUUGUCAAAGAUGAGUAUCUCAAACAGACCCUCGGACACCGAGGCUUCGUUGACUUCGGGCGGCGAUAUGUCAUAUUUAUAUGGCAGAGAUCCCAGCAUUCUGGCGUACGGUCAAAGACCCUUCCCAUCGCAAGAGCUAAAGAAAAAUCUCUACUCGUUGUUGGAGGAGGAAAAAGAGGAGACCGAGUCGAUCGAGAGCUCGGACCGCGUGACCAGUUGCUCGGAAAAAACCGGCCUUCAGACCGUCAAGGUGUUCUUGCGCAUGAAGCCGUUCCCAUCGAGGAUCACGCUGACCAAGGAGCAGGCCGAGGCCUACACGAUCAUUGACUCCACCACACUGCUGACGAAAAUGCCCUCGCUCGACAACAACGCGAGCUGUCUCAAAAAAAUGAAACCGAACGAGAUCGUUUGCCGAAAUUUUACCUUCACGCAGACCUUCGGGCCCGAAACGUCGCAACUGCAGCUGUUCGAGGAAGCUGUCAAACCCCAAAUGUUGGACUUCAUAUCUGGACAAAAUUCAGCUGUUAUGUCGUACGGCACAACGAAUUCCGGCAAAACAUAUACUCUUCAAGGUAAUUCGGAAUCCCCCGGUAUCAUUCCGCGCGGUAUCGAAUUCGUAUUCAGCCACAUCGAGCCCGACAGCACCCCUCAUUACAAACCGGUCGGUCAUUGCGAGGUCAUGGCUCUGCACGCGCACGAAAGGCUACUGGAAGCUGAUCAGAAGAUGAAGCUGCUCAGUUUUUAUUCGCUCGAUAAAAACUGCCACAUCAAUACUUACAGACAAAUGCAACAGUUGCUGAAGCAAGAAGCGUCGACGUCCUCGAUCAUCGCCACCAAUGCUCGAUACUCGGUCUGGGUAUCGUUCGCGGAAAUAUACAACGAGACGAUCUAUGAUCUCUUGUGGAACGGUUGUCAGAAGAAGAGACCCUCGUUGAAGCUGGCCACAGACAGCAAAGGUAGAGCCUACAUCAAAGGCUUGCGAAGCGUGUGCGUCGCUUCCGGGUCCGAAGCUUAUCAAGUUUUAAUGACUGGACAGUAUAAUUUGAAAGUCGCUGCUACUGCCCUAAAUUCAAAAAGCUCGAGAUCCCACUGCAUUUUCACUAUCAAAUUGCUGAAAUAUUAUUCCCAGAACGAUCCUAAUUCGGUCGACGUCAGCAUAUUUUCAUUCUGCGAUCUGGCUGGUUCAGAACGACUGAAGAAAACGUUAAACGUUGGAGAGCGUCUAAAAGAGGCUCAAAACAUUAACACGAGUUUAUUAGUCUUGGGAAGAUGUUUGCAAACCAUUUAUACAGCUCAAUCGUCCGCGAAACCACAAAAGCACGAGUCUAUCGGUCCAUUUAGAGAAUCAAAAUUAACAAGGCUCUUCCAAAGAGCAUUAUCAGGAAAAGAACAAAUGUCUAUGAUUGUUAAUGUCAAUCCCGUUCCCAAUCUGUACGAGGAAACACAAAACGUACUCAAAUUCUCGGCGAUUGCAAAAAAAAUUGUGAUCGAAAGAGUUCCAAUUUCCAAACGUAGGCAAUCGUUGUCACGUUUUUCAAGAAUAGUUACUCAAAGUAAAAAGAAUCACAUGGAUUGGGAAAACACUGAGCUGUCUGAUGCUGCCGAUACUCUAGAUGAAGAAGACGACGAGGAGGAUGAAAAUAGUGAAGAUGAAGAGAAUGAUGAAAUGUAUACGAAUCUAUUAAUUGAAAAUAAAAAGUUGAAAACUGAAAUUGAAGAGCUGAAAGCUACAUCUUUGCAGAGAGAUUUGCAAACUCGACAGGAGAUGACGGAUAUGUAUACUGAAAUGAUAAAGCAAAUUGAAAAUGAUUGGAAAUCUCGCUUGAAUGAUAUGGAAGAACAACAAGAAGAUUUAAGAGAAUUAGCUGUUGAACGCAUCGAAGGAUUUUAUCAAGCUAAGCUUAAAAAAGCAGGCUCAAAUCGUUCGAAAAGAGCCUUAUCUACAUCGUUUAACGAAAAAGAUGAUGAAGCGAAUGAGAAAAAAGAUACUUCCGAUGGUCGACUGGAGUCAUUAAUGAAAUCAAUGAUGGAUGCUUCAUUAUUGGAUGAUAGUUAUAACGGAAAUGACAAAAGUUCAGACGAUCAAAUAAAAGAGCUACAAGAAGUUAUACGCAAAAAGAAUGACAGAAUACAAACAAUGAAAACGUUCUUAAAUGAAGCUAAAGAAGAGUAUAUUACCAUUACUGGUGAGGCUGAGAAAUUAGAAGAAAAAGUAAAAAAACAAGAGGAAUUACUUAUAGAGAAUGAAGAGCAUAUCAAUGAUUUAGAGGAACAACUUAAUCAGGCAAAUGCAUAUUCAGCUGAACAAAGUAAAACUAUUGAAACGCUUGAGGAGGACUUAGAAAAUCAAACGAAAAGACUACAUGAAAUGUAUGAAUUAGUCAUACAAUUAGCAGUUGAUGUGAAACUUGAUAAAGAUCAUGUACCCGAAAAAAUCAAUACUUCAAACGGUAAUGAAAGUGAACUCAGAGAUUUUGAAAAAUCAAAACAUUACUUGAAAGAAGCUAGAUUGCAGUUUGAAUCAUUGAUGACAGAAAACACAGAAUUGAACGAAAAAUUAGCUUGCGUAAAAAAUACAGUAAUAAUGUCAACACAAACCAGUGAUUCUCUGCUCUGUGAUAGUGUUCGUUCAUCGUCAAAUAACUCAUCCGAGGUUCAUGAUACUAACAUGAAAGAGACUCAAGGUGAUAAUGAAAAACAGCAUGUUAUCGAAGAGGUUGAUAAAAUUGAAUUAGAAAUAAAGAAUGAAAAAGCAAAAUUGGAAGAAUUAAACAGAUCUAACUUAGAAAAAGAAUUAAAAGCUUCAUUAUUGAAAUUAGAAAAUGAAGCUUACGAUCUUAAGCAAUUAAUAGAAGAAAAAAAUGAGCAAAAUAAAAAGCUAAUGGAUAGAUUGGACGAAGCUAUUAAUCGCGAAAGAGAAAAAGAUGAUGAAAUUCAAAGCCUGAAUAUUGCAUUAAAGAAAAUGUUGAAGGAGAAUGAAGAAACAACAAAAAAAAUGGAACUGGAGUUGAAAAAAGUUCUGCAAGAUAUAGUAGCAGCAAAUCUUGAAGUACAAAAUUAUAAAGACAAAUGUGAAAAAAUGGACGUUGAAUACAGGCAAGUUAUUCACAUUUUGGAAAUGAGAAUAGGUUCUCUUGAAAAAACAGCAGAAGGAAAACAUGAGACGAUUGAAGCAUUACAAUCGAAGAAUAGUGAAUUAGAAAAUGCUAUUCAAAAUAAAGAAGAAGAAUUCCAAAAGUUCUCUGCCAAUCGUAAUGAAACAGUUGCCAAAUACGAGAACCUGGUCCAAGUUCAAUCUCAAGAAUUGGAUAAACUUAAAAAAGAAGUUGAACGAUUGGGCGAAUAUCUUAUAAGGUAUAAUCAAAUAUCAACUGAAGAAAAUAAUUACAAUACAAGAAGACGCAAAGAUACCAAAGAGAGUACAACUAAACAAAAAGCAAAUAAAACUCAAAUUAAAAAAGAACCUGAUAUGACUCUUCACGAUCUCAAUUCAUCAGAUUCUGAUCAUAUACUCUCACCUAAAACCGCAAAAACAGCGUCUAAAGAAACUGUAUCAACUAAAAAGACAAGGAGAAAGAAAUUAUUUAAUGGCGUUGAUGAAUCAUUUGUUGAUGUUGACCAAAGUGGACCUUCACCCAAACCCACCCCAUCUAUUUCAGCUCGAAGUUUGAGAAACAGGAGGAAAUGAUAGUAUUUUUUUAAAAAUACUUUAUUUUUUUAUGAAUGCGUUCGCCUUGAAUUCUGAUACUCGAUAAUUUAUUAGAUUUAUAGAUUUAUAGAUUUUGAUUUUAAUUGUCUUUAUUUUUAAAGUGCAUUAAUCCAUAUUCGUAGUAAAUCUGAUUUACUUUUUAUUAUUAUAAGUUAAUUUUUUUGUAAAUUAAAGAUCUAUCGUCGUGAUUAAAGUGCAAAACAUACUUUAAAAUUUACAUUGAAAUGAAAAUCGAGGUAAUAUAACAAAAAAAUUUGUUGAACUUUUCAAUAUUGUAAUAUAGUUGAUGUAACCCUAUUUGUGUUGAAUUUGUAUUUCAUAUGAAUAAUUUAACGUAAUAAUAUAUUUUUUUAUAAUCAAUAUUAUUUUUAAAUAUAUCUUGUAUGAUACCUAAAAAAGUAUGAGCUUUUUUCCAUUUC